AUGUCGGAACGCUCCACUGUGCACGUCUCGGGCAUCUCGUCCGCCACCUCCGAUAAGGAGGUUCAGGACUUCUUCAGCUUCUGCGGCAAGAUCAUCAAUAUCUCCGUGACUCCCGUUUCCAGCGAAGCAGGAGCUUCCAAGUCCGCCUCGGUGACGUUUGAGAAGGAAGCUGCUGCCAAAACCGCCCUCCUACUGGACCAGACCCAGCUGGGCCCCUCUGCAGUCCAUGUCCAGGCCGCCCAGACCCUCGAGGAUAUCGCCGGAUCGCACGGUGCCACCGCCUCCGAGGCCAAGGACGAGAACAACCACGACCUCGAGCAGGAGGACAAGCCCAAGUCUCGCAUCAUUGCCGAAUACCUUGCCCAUGGCUACACCGUCAGCGACACCGCCAUCCAGAAGGCCAUCGCCCUCGACCAGAAGCACGGAUUCUCCAACCGCUUCACCUCGACCCUGAGCAACUUCGACCAGAAGUACCACGCCACCGACAAGGCCCGCGGGUUCGACGAGAGCUACAAGCUCAGCGAUAAGGCGGCCAGCGGCUGGCGCGGCCUGAACUCCUACUUCACCAAGGCCCUGGGCACCCCGUCCGGCCGCAAGCUGCACGAGUUCUACGUCAGGACCGACAAGCAGGUGCGCGAUAUCCACAACGAGGCGCGCCGUCUGGCCGACCUCAAGAGCGGCAAGCCCGCCCAGGGUGAAUCCAGCGAGGCUCCUGCGCCUGGUAGCGCAGAGGCCGGCAACGUUGUCUCCGAGCCUGUCCCCGCCGCCACGCCUGCUCCGGCUACUCUGCCCACGGGUGAGGCUCCUGCUGCUGGCACCGCGGCUCCUGCGGACCAGAAGGCAUGA